CGUUUUCUUCACUCACCCAUGGCGCAAGGCAACUCGUGUAGCAGUGUUAAUUCGUUUCAAAAUCCAGAUUUACCCAGAUGUGGCUGUGACAGACCAAUGAAGUUAUGGGUGGCCAACACGGUUCAAAAUCGCAAUCGCAAGUUCUGGAAAUGCCGCAAUGCUGGGACUGUAAAUAGCUGUGAAUUGUUCUUGUGGGAUGAUGAAAUCAGAGACCAUAUCAAUGUGCAUAGGAUGAAACUACCAGAUUGUAAAAGCUGUGAUAUACUAGCAUUGAAGUUAGAGACCGCAGCCAACAAAAUUCAGAAGUUGAAGAAGAAGAAUGCAAUUCAGACAAGUGUUAAUAUGAGGCAGAAGAAGAUUAUAUUGAUUCUCUGUUUUGUGCUUAUUGGCAUUGUGUAUUUUGGUAGCAAUUUGAUGUAAAACCUUGGUGAAUUUAUAUCAAUAA